GAGACUCUUCUUCCCAUCGGUGCACUCCACACCACUCAAUUUUCUCCACCCUUCCCUUCCUCUCUCAACUUCUUUCCCUCGUAACACAACACAAGAAGUCCACAAAGUCAAAAACCAAAACAAACUCUCUCUCCCUAACUUCAAACAGUAUCCGUCGACUUGACCUGACCUUACACACCCCAUGGCCGCGUGCGGUGCCGACACGGCCCGAACCCUCGCUUGCCGCGACGGCCAUGCGGCCGCGCAGCUGAAGCUCAUCUCCAUCGCCGUCAUCUUCAUCACCAGCGUCGUCGGCAUCACCUCCCCUGUCCUCCUCGCCCGUCACUUCCAAGGCAAGCCCGCCUACGACCGCGCUACUCUCAUAAUCAAGUGCUUCGCCGCCGGCGUCAUCCUCUCCACUUCCCUCGUCCACGUCCUCCCCGAUGCCUUCGCCGCCCUAGCCGACUGCCACGUGGCCUCCCGCCAUCCCUGGAAGGACUACCCCUUCUCCGGCCUCAUCACCAUGAUCGGCGCCAUCGCCGCCCUCCUCGUCGACCUCACCGCCAGCGCCCACAUGGAGAGCCACAGCACCCACGCCCACGGCCAAUACGAGGUCCUUUCGGUGAGCACACAGGAGGAGCUAGGGACCAAGAAGUCGUCGCCGAUCGAGUUGAAAGUUGAGUCCGUGGAGGGUGCAGUUAGCGAUAGUGGCGGUGGUGAUAGCCAUAGCCAUGAGGAGAUGAUCAUUCGGCUGAAGCAGAGAUUGGUGUCGCAGGUGUUGGAGAUAGGGAUAAUAUUUCACUCGGUGAUUAUAGGAGUGACGAUGGGGAUGUCUCAGAACCAGUGCACCAUUCGGCCAUUGGUGGCUGCGCUUGCGUUUCAUCAGAUUUUCGAGGGGAUGGGCCUCGGCGGCUGCAUUGCUCAGGCAGGGUUUACCUUUGGAACAACGGCCUACAUGUGCUUCAUGUUUGCAGUGACGACCCCAAUGGGGAUAGUGUUGGGGAUGAUCUUAUUCUCGGUGACAGGUUACGACGAUAGUAGCACUAAUGCCUUAAUCUUGGAGGGGUUGUUGGGGUCUUUCUCUUCAGGUAUCCUCAUUUACAUGGCUCUUGUGGAUCUCAUAGCUCUUGAUUUCUUCCACAACAAGAUGAUGAGCUCUAAUUCAUGGUUGAGGAAAACUUCAUUCACUGCUCUUGUUCUUGGCUCCAUCUCCAUGUCCAUCCUUGCCCUUUGGGCCUAGAAGAGGAUUCUCAUUGUUUUUCUAAUAAACUUCAGGGUAGAAUUGGUAUGGGUUGUCUGGCAAUGUUGUGAAAUGUGAAAUGUAUAUUCUGAAAUCGUUAGUAAGUAGGUACUAGCUAGCACGUUGUUGGCAUUGUAGCCUGUGUUGGAUCUUGGUAACCGAAAUCGUGCCGAUCAAUAGCAUCUCUAUAAUUUAGGGUUUAGGAUCAGAGCUGCUAUUUGCUCAUCUUAAAACCAUGAAUCCUAGACAUGCGCUUCUAUGGGAUAUGUGAUAAGUGGGGAGUAAAUAUAGUACAAAGAGUUUCAAUGUAUCAUUGUAAGCUUUGUUUUCCUAUUUGAUGAAUCUUCCUU